GGAGGACUCCAGACAUUUUCAUUGGCCGCGGCGUGGAGAGAGGAGGAGGAGAGACUGACGGACGGGCAGGAAUUCCUCAGCGCUCCUCAAAUUUCUUGAAAUCACGGACCUUCUGCCCGACCGUGUCCUUCUCCGAGCCGCCUUGACAAAAUGAUGUUGCGAAGUGUCGCCGUUCUCCUGGUCCUGGCCGUGGCUCUCUCCAAGGCAGAGGAGCUGCAGAGCAAAAGCAAAGUGUGCGCCAACGUGUUCUGCGGGGCCGGCAGGGAGUGCGCCGUCAACGAGAAGGGGGAGCCCAGCUGUCUGUGCAUAGAGACCUGUAAGCCCCACAAGAGGUCAGUGUGUGGCAGCAAUAGUAAGACCUACAGGAACCACUGCGAGCUCCACAGAGAUGCUUGUCUGACUGGUCUGAAGAUCCAAGUGGCCCACGAUGGACACUGCCAGGAGAAGAAAACUGAGCAAGUCGCUGCCAGCCCAGUGGUGUGCUACGCUGCUGACCGCAAUGAGCUGAGGAGUCGCGUGAUCCAGUGGCUGCAAACGGAGGUCGUUCCAGACGGCUGGUUCGCCAAGGGGACCAACUUCUCCGACACCCUGCUCAGAUACUUCAAGUCGUACGACAACGGUGAUUCUCAGCUGGACUCCUCUGAGCUGCUCAAAUUCAUCCAGCACAACGAGUCGGUGGUGGAGCUGCAGUCUUAUGCCGACCAGGAGAGCAACAAGCUGCUCAGGAGCCUGUGUGUAGACGCCCUCAUUGAGCUCUCUGACGAGAACGCCGACUGGAAGCUGAGCUUCGAUGAGUUCCUCAACUGCCUGAAGCCCGGCUUCAACCCACCAGAGAAGAAAUGCGCCUUGGAGGAUGAAACGUACGAGGACGGAGCGGAGACCCAGGUAGAGUGUAACCGCUGCGUCUGUGCGUGCGGCAACUGGGUCUGCACCGCAAUGACCUGCACUGAUAAACAGGCGGCUAUGGAUGAGUCAACGGAUGCAGAGAUGACUGAGGAGGAGUGGAACCUCCGUGUGGCUGAGCUCAACAAGCACCAGGAAACUGUUGAGAAGAUGAAGGCCAGCACAAAGGAGGCCUAAAGAAAGGACGCAAGGAAGUUCCAUACUUGAUUUACCUUUCAGCCGUGUUAUUAAACUGACUUUUUCAUGUUUCUCUGCUAUGAUAAUUAUUAUACAAUUUUUUUUUACCGUGUUAAAGUGUUCAUUGUUCGUUAGGUUCAGGGGCUAUUGGAGAGUAUAAUCGGAUUCCCCUGUGCGUCAGUACUGUCACGUUUGAUUGUAUUACUGCGUCCCUACACUAGCCGGGGCUAUUUUUACUACAACCCUUAUAUUUUUACAGUUAUUGUGAAGAAAAAAAAAAAUACUGUCAAGUUGUCACUGUUUUGGGACAUGGAAGUCACUGUUUGAGAAGGCAGUGAGGUUAGGAGGCUACUUGUUCAAGAAUGAGAGAGGUGUCUGAGUGCGGAGAUACGCUGACGACUUGAUACCUGGUGCAGCAUGUUUCUUUAUACCCUCAGGUCACCGGAUGUUGGGAAAAGAAGGUAACACUCGUUGUGCUUUUGAUUUUGUUGCCAUUUAGAACUGCCAUAGAAGGCCACUACUUGACCAUUGCACUCCUCUUUCUUUCUCCAUAGCUUUGUUUAGGCUUUAGUUUACCAGAAGGCUGAAUUUUAUUUUGUAUCCUAGUGCUUAAAGUAUAAUUUUGCUGCCGAACAAUUUGCUUCUUCUUCUAUGUAGAUUAUGUUUUUGGCUUGAGUUAGAAACUCAUUUUGUUCCCGUGUUAUCCUUAGGCAAGUCUCUCCGGUGCUUUUUGGUUAAACAUUUCUCUCUGUGUCUAUCUUACAUUUCUGAGAUAAUGAGGUCAUGUCCAGAUUUCGGUCUGGAGCACCACAAAUGCACCUGAGCUAGACCUGAUCUGAAAAUAGCACGGUGAAAACUGAAACCAAAGUCUUGAUGAAGUGUUUGAAUAAUGUACAAACUUCUCCGGGUAAAACAUUACUCUGGACCCAGCAACAACACUAUACCUGUGCUUUCUAAAUCACUCGAACAGAAGGAUUAGCCUCCCUGUCGGCUAAACUAGCUUAGACGCAUUAAUAACUGGGUGCAUUGAAAAUGUGUGUGUCUGUGUGUGAGCGUGCUAUUAAAGUGUGGUGCUGAGAGUAGUUUGGUUUGUUAAAUGUGUUGAUUUGCUUGAAUCUUGUAUCUAAAUUUGGAUGUGUGACGAUGAAAACCAGUGCCUUAGACCUGCAAAUGCAAACGGUCAGUACCUUUGCCUGCACAUAGGUCAUUACACCACGUGGCGUUUCAAGAACGAGUGUGCUUUGCUGGAGUUUAGCGGUGAGCCUGUGCUUUGUGGCUCUUUCCCUGAUAAAUGUCUGUGUGAAAGUUGCAUUUAGUAGGUUCAAGCGACAUCUUUGUAUUCCACUAAAAGUGCAGAGACUGUAAGGAAUAUGUAUGUAUGCCAAUAAAGCCCAUACACCACAA